UUUUUUUGGCCCUGGUGAGGGUGUCAGAUUGAAUGCUCUGUGCGCAUGUGCGAAGGUGUCCAAACUGACAAUGCUGGGGAGAUGAAGAUAGUGUGUAGCUGCUUCUGGGCUCAAGGAGGAGGAGAAGAAUCCACACGCCGACACGAUGAGAUCCAAGGCGAGGGCGAGAAAACUGCCCAAAAGUGACAGCGAGAUUGUAAAUAAUAUGUACGAGACCGACCCCGAUCUCCUCGCGGGCGAAAGCGCAGAGGAGGAGACAGAGGACAGUAUAAUGUCCCCCAUUCCCGUGGGACCUCCGUCACCCUUUCCCACCAGUGAGGACUUCACUCCCAAGGAGGGCUCACCUUAUGAAGCUCCCGUCUACAUUCCUGAUGACAUUCCAAUCCCACCAGAUUUUGAACUCAGAGAAUCUUCGAUCCCAGGGGCAGGGCUAGGGAUUUGGGCCAAAAAGAAGAUUGAAGUUGGGGAAAGAUUUGGACCCUAUAUGACAGGACAGAGGAGCACAUUAAAGGAAACAAACUUUGGAUGGGAGCAAAUACUGACUGAUCCCGAGGUGACCUCCCAAGAGGGCAAUAUAAAAAAGAUUGCUGAGGACCUGGGCCAUGAGAAGUUCUGUGUGGACGCUGGCCAGGCUGGGGCUGGGAGCUGGCUGAAGUACAUCCGUGUGUCCUGUUCCUGCGACGAGCAGAACCUGGCUCUGUGCCACGUCAACGAGCAGAUCUAUUAUAAAGUUAUUAAAGAAAUUGAGCCAGGAGAAGAGCUCUUGGUGUGUUUGAAGGAAGGUGGUUAUUCCCUUGGGAACAUGGCGCCCAGCAUGGAAGAGGAGCCCUCGUUCCGCUGUGAGGACUGUGAUGAGCUCUUCCAGUCCAAGCUCGACCUGCGGCGGCACAAGAAGUUCGGCUGCAGCGCCGUCAGCUCCCUCUACGAGACCCUCAAUGACGAGAUCAAGCAGGAAGGUCUUGGAGAUGGACAGGUCUAUGAGUGCAAAGACUGUGAGAGGAUGUUCCCCAACAAAUACAGCCUGGAGCAGCACAUGGUGAUCCACACGGAGGAGAGGGAGUACAAGUGUGACCAGUGUCCCAAGGCUUUCAACUGGAAAUCCAACCUGAUCCGCCACCAAAUGUCUCACGACAGUGGGAAACGGUUUGAAUGUGAAAACUGUGUUAAGGUGUUUACGGACCCCAGCAACCUCCAGCGGCACAUCCGCUCGCAGCACGUGGGGGCUCGAGCCCACGCCUGCCCCGACUGCGGCAAGACCUUCGCCACCUCCUCGGGCCUCAAGCAGCACAAGCACAUCCACAGCACUGUCAAACCUUUCAUAUGUGAGGUCUGUCACAAGUCCUACACGCAGUUCUCCAACCUGUGCCGCCACAAGCGGAUGCACGCGGACUGCCGCACGCAGAUCAAGUGCAAGGACUGCGGGCAGAUGUUCAGCACUACCUCCUCCCUCAACAAGCACCGCCGCUUCUGCGAGGGCAAGAACCAUUACAGCCCCGGCGGCAUCUUCGCCCCCGGCCUGCCCCUGACGCCCACCUCCAUGAUGGACAAGUCCAAGCCCUCUCCCAACCUCAACCACGCCGGCCUGGGGUUUAACGAUUAUUUCCCGUCCCGCCCGCACCCCGGGGGCCUCCCGUUCUCACCUGCCCCCCCGGCCUUUCCCGCCCUCACCCCGGGAUUCCCGGGCAUUUUCCCGCCCUCUCUGUACCCCAGGCCCCCCUUGUUACCGCCCACGCAGCUGCUCAAGAGCCCCCUCAACCACACUCCGGACGCGAAGCUCCCCAGCCCCCUCGGGAACCCGGCGCUGCCGCUGAUCUCCGCGGUGAGCAACAGCAACCAGGCCCCCUCCGGGGAGGAGAAAUGUGAAAGCAGCCUGGAAAACUCCUACCUGGAGAAGCUAAAAGCCAGGAACAGUGACAUGUCCGAUGGCAGUGACUUUGAGGACGUCAACACGACCACGGGCACGGACCUGGACACCACUACUGGCACGGGGUCUGACCUGGACAGCGACGCAGAGAGCGACAGGGACAAGGCGAAAGACAAGAGCAAACAGAUGGAGGCCAAGCCAGACUUCGUCAGCAGCUCUGUGUCUGCGAGCUCCACCAACACCGCCAGCGAGAUCCCUCUCUUCUAUUCUCAGCAUUCCUUCUUUCCUCCCCCCGAGGAGCAUCUGCUGCCCACCACGGGAGCAGCCAAUGACUCCAUCAAAGCCAUCGCCUCCAUUGCAGAGAAGUAUUUUGGGCCCGGCUUUAUGGGGAUGCAGGAGAAAAAGAUGGGUUCGCUCCCGUAUCAUUCCAUGUUCCCCUUUCAGUUCCUCCCCAAUUUCCCCCAUUCCCUCUACCCUUUCACGGAGCGGACCCUCAAUCACAACUUGCUGGUCAAGGCAGAACCAAAGUCACCCAGGGACCUCCACAAAGUGGGCAGCACCAGCUCGGAGUCCCCCUUCGAUCUCACCACGAAGCCAAAAGAGAUUAAGCCAAUCCUGCCGCCCCCGAAGGUCCUGCCAGCCCCGUCCUCGGGGGAGGAACAGCCACUGGAUCUGAGCAUUGGCAACCGCAUCCGAGCCAGCCAGAACGGAGGAAGAGAGCCACGGAAAAACCACAUCUAUGGGGAGAGGAAGCUGAUGGCAAGCGAGGUCUUACCCAAGAUUUCCCAGUCUCAGCUGCCUCAGCAGCCGUCCCUGCACUAUGCUAAGCCAUCGCCCUUUUUCAUGGACCCCAUCUACAGCAGGGUGGAGAAGCGGAAGGUGACAGACCCUGUGGGUGCCCUAAAGGAGAAGUACCUGCGACCCUCCCCGCUGCUUUUCCACCCCCAGAUGUCAGCCAUCGAAACCAUGACGGAGAAACUGGAGAGCUUUGCAGCCAUGAAGGCAGACACUGGCACCUCCCUGCAGCCCCUUCCCCACCACCCCUUCAACUUCCGAUCGCCGCCGCCCACGUUGUCCGACCCCAUCCUGCGCAAGGGCAAGGAACGCUACACCUGCAGGUACUGUGGGAAGAUCUUCCCCCGCUCAGCGAACCUGACGCGGCACCUGCGGACGCACACGGGGGAACAGCCCUACAGGUGUAAAUACUGUGACAGGUCAUUCAGCAUUUCCUCCAACCUGCAGCGGCACGUCCGGAACAUCCACAACAAGGAGAAGCCAUUCAAGUGUCACCUGUGCAACAGGUGCUUCGGGCAGCAAACCAACCUGGACAGGCACCUGAAGAAACACGAGCACGAGAACGUGCCAGUGAGCCAGCACUCUGGAGUCAUCACCAACCACCUCGGGACCAGUGCCUCUUCCCCCAACUCGGAAUCAGACAACCAUGCACUUUUAGAUGAAAAAGAGGAUUCGUAUUUCUCUGAAAUCAGAAAUUUUAUUGCAAAUAGUGAGAUGAAUCAAGCGUCAACUUUAGCAGAUAAAAGGCCAGAAAUCCAGGAUAUCGAUGGCAAUUCCCAGUGCCAUGGAUUAGCAAAUGAGAAAACGGAAGAUGUGGACGACGAAGACGAAGAACUGGAAGAGGAGGACGACGACAGCCUGACGGGGAAGUCCCAGGACGAGCCGGUGUCGCCCACGGCGGAGCCCCGGGGGGCCUUCGAGGAUGAGGAGGAUGAGGAGCCCACGUCUCUCACCAUGAGCUUCGACCACACCCGGAGGUGUAUUGAGGAGGACGAAGCCGCCCUGUUAGAUUUGGAGCAGAUGCCGAAUUUUGGGAAGGGGCUGGACCUUCGCAAAGCGGCCGAGGAAGCAUUUGAAGUUAAAGAUGUGUUUAAUUCCACCUUAGACUCUGAGACAAUAAAACAGACUCUGUACAGGCAGGCUAAAAACCAGGCUUAUGCAAUGAUGCUGUCCCUGUCUGAGAACGCUCCCCUCCACACGUCCUCCCAGAACUCUCUGGGUGCUUGGUUGGACAUGGCAGGAGCAGCUUCAGAGUCGGGGACCUUUAACCCCAUCAACCACCUCUGAGAGGUCCUCAAGGCACUGGCCAGAGUCCAAGCGAGGCGGCAGUGGUGCUGCAGCUGUCCUUGCAAAACCCCAGCGAGCAGAAGAUGGAUGAGAGGGCCUCAGGGAGUCGUCUGAACUUUGGGCUGAGAAGGAAACCUGUCGCAUCCGACCUACACGUCCUGCAUUUUUACCCAUCCAGAGUUUUCCUUUCUAAUUUAUCAGAAUGAACCUCUCCCAAACUGGACAACCCUGAUGCAGCCCCAGGAUUUCACUGUCUGUAGGAACAGCAUGAGCAAGACACGAAUUGCAACAGUGCAAUCAAAGAUUGGCCCCUCCAACCUUACAAAGCAGUGUCACUGAGCCAGUCCAGCCUGAGCAGGAACGGCAGCUCGGAGCCACACGACAGCAUUUCCUUCCCAUCCAGCUGAACAGGGAAGUACUGAGGGAAGAGAGCCAGGGCUGACCUGUCCCUGGUGCAAUUCUGACACAGCCGCUGGAGUUAUACCAGGGAAGGGAAAUUCAUCCCAUUUCACUGACCCCCAAAAGAGGUCUGUGCUCCCACAGAAACACCAUCCUGUCCUUUGUUCCCAACAAAAUGUUGGCACGGCACAAAGCUCCUCCGAGGUGAGGCCUGGAGUCAUCCUGCGCUCCGUGCAGGUCCCAGCUGGGACAUCUCCAGCCUGGAACGUUGCUGGGGUCGGCGUGUGGACGUGUCACACAGAUGUGGGUCACCGGCUGUGCCCUGAGCAGCCUCUGCCUGUGAGAGCAGAGGGCUCCCCAUCCCUGCCAGUGCUGUGAGCCCAAGCUGCUGCCCGGGCUGGAGCUCACAGUGUCUGGGACAGAGCCGUGCCCAGCCAGGGCGGUGGCAGUGGUGGCACUUGGGAGUGAUGGAGCUCCUGGCAGUGCUUGGAAUUCCCUGAGCAGAGAGAUCCCAGGGUGAGCCCUUCCCUGGCUGUGCACGAGGAAAUGUGUGCUGGGCAAGUCUCACCCCACCGAGGGCAACUGGGACACAUCCUGUGUCACCUCCCGGGGGUUUUGGGUGCCAUCAUUCCCUGCUGAUGGUGUCUGGGGCUGUGGCAGAGAUCUCUGAUUCACACCGUUGUUCUGGCCUGUUGGAUGGUGCCUCUGCACCACCCGCUGCUGCUUGGCCUGUAAUUUAAGUAGAAAGAUUAACAUUUCCGUGCUCCAGCAGCCUGAGGGUGCAGAGCUCUGCUCAGGCACAGAGAUAAAGAAUCGAGUUGUCUCUCCAACCUUAAGAUGCUCACAGAUAUUUUAUGAGUGAUUUUAAAUCGCUUCAAAGCCUCAUCUCCUUUGCUGAUACACAGCAGCCUCCAGAAAUCCUCUGGGCUUUCUGCUGUUCUCCAUUGCAAUUGCAGCUGGAGCAGGGAAUUUGGAGAUAACAUUGAUUUACUGAACAAUUAUGGAAGCCAUGUGCAGCCUCUCUGCCUGCUCAGUAUGGAAAAGGGCAGAUGGAGGUUUCUGAGCCAGUCCAGAGUGGGAAACCUCAUUCCAUCAAGCCAAAACAACGGAACCACCUCCCUGAGUAAAGCAGAGGUGGUGGUGGGAGUGAUCUCUUUGCAAGGUCAGCUUUGCUCCCAAGAGCACACCCGAGGCUGUUUUUAGGGAGCCAGGAGCCUCAAACUGUUCAUGGAGGAAAACAUCAAAGGUGGCUUUGGUGCAGAAGGAACACAAGGUAAAUUAGCAGCAUCAGCGUGUUUCCCAAGAAAAUUGAUCCUCCUUUUUUUGGUUUUCCACAACAUCCUGUGAAAGUGCCCAAGGCCCUGAGAACACCAGUCAGUGUAACCGAACUGCUUCAUGUAUUUGCACAAAGCUCUUGGGCAGGGGAAGCCCGAGAGCCAACACUGUCAGAGGAACCCUGGCUCUGCAGAGGGGAGGGACAGCCCUGUCCCAUCCCAUCCCAUCCCAUCCCAUCCCAUCCCAUCCCCACUGUGGCAGCUGCAGCACAGCCCUGCCCAGGCACUUGGCCUUUAAAUUAUUCCCACAGGGGCCAACUGAAAAUAAUAAAAAGAAUUCUUUCUUUUCCUGAUGGAAUUUAUUUUAAUCUGUAUAUAACUUGUAAUUUUGGGCUAAUUCCUUUCUUAUUUUAUUUCUUCCUUAACAGUAUUUUUUGCAUUAGGGAUCAUUCUUGUGAAGAAACAAUGUUAAUAUAAGUAUGUAGUGAAGGACCAAAAUCGUGUGGUUAAGGUUGGAUGUUGGAUGAUGGAUAACCAGGGAGUAGGAAGAUUUUGUCCAUGUGCCAAAUGCCCCCAGAUCAGUCCUGCCAGUCGUGCUGCCAAUUCUCCAGACAAUCAUCCCUUGGGUUCCCUUUGCCUUGAAGUGCCCGGGGUGUUGGAGGAAAGUUCUAGUGAUGGCCUUGGCUGGUUGGGAACCAGCACCAGCUCCCCCAGUGCAGGAGGAGGAG